AUGGGGUUCGGUGAUUUCAACUCAAUAUGCGAGAAGACUCCCUUGCCGCUAUGCCUCCUCGUAGGCCCAGCGUCAUCCAUCUCCGGGGCCACGGGCAUCAUCUCGAACUGCUAUGCGCGAAACAUUGAAGUUGCGAAUACCGUGAUCUUUGAGGGUGCAGCCUCAUUCAUGCAUAUCCUGGCGUUGGCCAUGACGGUGAUUAUGAUUCUGCAUAUUCGAUCCAAGUUCACUGCCGUUGGCCGCAAGGAAAUCAUUACAUUCUUCUAUAUCUAUCUCGCACUCACCAUUUUCACACUCGUUAUCGAUGCGGGUGUCGUGCCGCCACGAAGUGGUCCCUUCCCAUACUUUGUAGCCGUUCAAAGUGGCCUCACAUCCGCUCUCUGCGCAUGCCUGUUGGUCAACGGUUUCGUAGGGUUUCAAUUGUACGAAGAUGGCACCGCCCUUUCGGUCUGGCUGGUCCGAAUUAGCUCGGCCGUCAUGUUCGCUUUGACCUUCAUCAUCGCCCUCAUGACCUUCAAGUCGUGGGGGGGACUGGGCCCUUCCAACACGAUGGGCUUGUUCAUCGUGCUCUACCUUCUGAAUGCUAUCGCCGUGGCGAUCUACAUUGUCAUGCAAUUGUUGCUUGUGGCCAACACUCUCGACGACCGUUGGCCAUUGGGACAUAUUGCCUUUGGUCUGCUCGUGUUCGUCAUUGGACAGGUCCUACUCUACGCAUUCAGCGACACUAUUUGCAACAAUGUGCAGCAUUACCUGGAUGGUCUCUUUUUCGCCACUUUCUGCAAUUUGCUGGCGGUGAUGAUGGUUUACAAGUUCUGGGAUUCAAUCACCAAAGAAGAUUUGGAGUUCUCAGUGGGAGUAAAACCCAACACCUGGGAAGUGAAGGAGCUCCUUGCUGAGGAUGACCGACGCCAGACCAUGUACCAAGACACCAACUCCGAGUAUGCAGCCAGCAUGUACCACCAACGUCAAUCGGUGUACGGACAUAAUUACUGA